AUGGAAUUUGAAGAAGCGUUACUACGAGUUCCUUUUUGGAUAUUCAGAGGAAUAUCAUUUGAAAUGGAAUGUGAUUUUCUGUCUGAGACUGAUUUCUCUGACGUUGACCGCAAUCGUCCGAAGAUUGCCAACGAUAAACAUGGUGCAACAAACAAUGAGAUACCUCAGCCUGUCUCGCCUGAUGUCUGUGAACAUGAAUGGAGGCGAUCCCGUUUGGAAAUAGAAUGUGUUAAAGGAGACGGAUUAGAUUUUAUAGCUCCAAGAGGAAGCGGUUGCAGUCCUUUCCCACGUGGGCAACAGCUGGACAAUUCUAUAUAUUCACGGAAAAAGUUUGUCAAAAACCGAUAUUCAAGGAGGAGGCGAAAGAAAAGAUCUCCCUUCUUGGACACAUCUGCAUCGAAAAUCUCAGAAGAAGAGUCAGAAGCCACAACACAUUUUGUCAACAACCGCGAUAUUUUAAAAGUAAAUGACCUCCAAGAAUCCGGGUUGCCAGCUUCGGAUGAAGCGGUUCGACUUGAUUGUUGGGGCGGAUGGGAAGAAGGCGACUAUAUUUACCUAGUGGCGGCACCUUCCGGUCAGAAACCACAGUAUUGUAUGAGGUUCCCUAAGCGAAUGCACGGUGAAUUCUCCAUAUUUAUUUACUUCAGCGUUAUCUGCCCUUCAGAAUCAGACGGUAUUCCUCCCCAUGGGAUUGAAUAUUAUGAACUUAAAGCACAGCAAUCAGAUCCGUGGAAUUGUGAGGACGACCACGAAGAAUGUCGAGAAAUCAUGCGACGUGGCCGUUGUACGAAGGAGGGGGGAAAAUACUACCUCCAUUGUCAACGAUCGUGUGGACUUUGCGGUGUCCGCGAAGAGAGUAAACAACGGUGCGAAUUUGCUGACAAAUAUGUCGGCAAAUGGAUGUUGUAUGAAGAAGAAUACAAUGAACAGGUCGUCAUUAACAAAACACACAUCAGUUUCUCCAAGCUAGGAUCUUUCCGAUGUGAAGAAUUAAACCCAUAUAAGGAGAAAUAUAAAGUAUCAUCAGUGUUUCCUAAUGGAUGUUCUCAACGCUAUACUUGCAUAGAAUUCAAUCGCAGAAACAAUAACCUACUGCAGUAUAGAAUAGGUAAAUUUAGACGAAUGAACUUACCACUGGAUCAGCUGUGUGUAUUUAACGAUGAUACAUACCCUUGGAUGGAAAGUGGGUGGAGUUACCAUAUGAAAAAUCUCAUCCAAAUGGAGAAUCUGUGGCCGUCGUAUUGUGGUCUGGAAAGCAGCAUUCCCUUCAGUGGAACCUACGAUGGACAGUACUGUGAAGGGACGAUAGGAGAUUGGAACGAGAAUACGUGUCUUACCGAAAGCUCUCUUAUUUUGAGGUCAGAUACCUGUUCAGCUCUUUUGAUCCCUCAAGAAUUUGAGUGCCUUGCCUUCUUAAACGAGCAAAAUGGAUUGAUUGAUAAUCUGGUUAUAACUCGUAGCAAAGAUGGAAAAAAUGAAUUUAACUGUUGGGUAAUUACAUCUUCUAGGAGAAUCAACUCAACUUGGUUAAACAAUGAUAUCUAUCGAAUGAAAAGCGUACAGUGUUCUUCGAUGCCAGAUAUUGAAGUUUUGUCAUCGAGAAAGCCAAAAGCUUCUCUCUAUUUACAAGACAAUGCUAAAUCAAGAUUUUGUAAGCCAUACACGCAGUCGACUCGAAGCAGCUCUAAUGAACCGAAAAGUGGCUUGCAUUCUGAUCUUAGUACUCGUACAUUGACUAAUGUGCCGAGGCAAAGUACCCAGCAUUACUACAAACCUGACGUUCCUGGAGCUAACCAAAUUGGCCGGGCAACGGGCCGUGCUUCAAUAUCGAUAUCUUCCAUUAGUAUAUUGAUGUCAACUUGCUGGACAGCCGUAUUAUUACUAUUCAGCCUUUCAUAAAACACACUAUAUAUCAACAUUUUAUAUACAUAUAUGCAUAUAUAAAUGUAUAUAUACAUGCACACACGUAUAUGUAUAUGUAUAUAUAUGUAUAUAUAUAUAUAUAAGUAUAUACGUAUAUAUAUAUCUUUGAAUUUAUAUAUAUAUAUACAUAUAUAUCUUUGAAUUUAUAUGCAUAUAUAUAUACAUAUAGAGACAGAAACAUACACACAUAUGGCUUUAUAUAUAUAUAUAUGUAUACAUGCUUAUAUAUAUAUAUACACACAUAUAUUACUUGUAAAUACACAUGCACACGGCCACACAAACAAAUAUAUGUAUGCAUGUAUAUACAUACAACAUAUAUAUGUAUAUACAUAUAUACAUACGUAUAGGUAUAUGUAUUUAUAUUAACUUUGGCUUGCAUGUGAGUCAAACUUUCAGAUAAAUUAUAUAUAAGCAGACACACCAGACAUACACACAUAUGCAUGCAUAUAUAUAUAUAUAUACACACACACACACACAUUUCAGAAAAGUUACCCAAAAACCACGUAGUAGAUUUUAUUCAUUUCUUCAGACUGAGGGUGGACGGAUGAAUAUGUGUUUGAGUACGUGUGGGUGUAUGUGUGUAUAUAUGUACAUAUAUAUAUAUACAUACAUAUAUGCACAUAUACACAAAUACGUAUAUAUAUUUGCAUAUAUAUAUAUGUAUAUAUACAUAUAUGCAAAUACAUAUAUACAUAUAUUGAUAUAUACGCAUAACAUAGCUUGAGUGUGUGUGUAUAUAAUUAACGAAAACGCAUAUUUCUGUAUGUAUGUUUGUCACACAUACACAUAGAAAGCGUUUUGCACACAACUAAGCAGUCAGAAAAACAAGCAUACAUAUAUGUAUAGAGAUAUAUAUAUGCAAACACAGGCAAAGACACACAAGCAUAGCUAGAAAUAUAAACUUAUAUGAAUAAUUAAUUAAUUAAUUACCCUUAUUAAUUUCAAUGUGUCGAUGUUGAUACAUUCUUCCCCGACAGAUAUAUGCAUAAUCAUGAAGAAACACCAUUCAAUCAAACAAGCUUCAUUAUUUGUAUACACACGCAAAGAUUACAACAAAACGGCGUAUAUAUAUAUAUAUAUA